CCUCUCGUUCUGCAAGCCUGCCUAUUCUUGCAGAGCUCACCACCGGUGAGUCGCCCGCAGUCAAACCAGCUCAGAAAAUGAGACAAGCGAUUCUUCAGAAAUUCCAUCGAUUCACCGCUGCUCGCGCUGAGCAUGUUCUUACCAGCCCAGAACCGGUCGACGCUUCACACGCGGCUCCACCCACUGGUCUGAAGCUCUGGUUUGAACCCAAUGAAGCUGUGGCAGACCUGAUUUUUGUCCAUGGACUCCAGGGCCACCGCGACCGAACUUGGACUGGUCCAUCGGCUCAAAGCCCAUGGCCGAGAGACAUUCUCCCCGACAUCAUCUCUAAUGUUCGCGUCCUCACGUUCGGGUACGACUCAUCGGUUACGAGGUGGGAUAGAAUGGUCUCAAAAAAUACUGUCAAUGAUCACGCAUUGGGUCUCAUGAACUCGAUCGCGACUUAUCGGGAGGCAGACAAUACCCACGAUCGACCAUUACUUUUUAUUUGCCACAGCUUGGGGGGUUUGGUAUGCCAACAGGCUCUUGUCGCCGCGACCCUCAGCUCAGAAGCCUACCUAAACCAAGUUGAGGUACGCACGAGAGGCAUUCUAUUCAUGGGAACUCCUCUUCGAGGUGCUGACCUUGCCCAAUGGGCGUCGCGUCUGGCACUGUCCAUCGGUCUAAUCAAACAGACCAACCACAGAAUACUGAAUGUUCUCCAACGUGAAUCAGAGACUCUUUCACAAAUACAAGAUAACUUCUCGCAUCUGGUCCCGUAAGCGCGCAUAAUGGUCCUGCAAUUGAACUCACAUGCAUGUUCGAAGAAGUACCCGUCCCUGGAGUGGGUUUGAUUGUCUCUCGAGAGUCCGCAAGAAUUCAGGGCCGGACUCUGAUUCCGAUUAACGCAAACCAUAUGAACAUGCCGAAGUUCGUGGGCGCAGCAGAACCUGGCUUUAAAGAAUUGGUUGGAGUGCUUUCACGCUGGGUGCGCCAGCUUGUCUCUAUGCAAAAUGCGUCCCGUGCUCCUCCAUCGCCUAUUUCACUCGCAAGUUCAGAGCAGACCUAUAUCCAUCCUUUUGGUCACAGGUUCCUGCCAGCCAAUCUGGAUGACCCCGUAGAAGGAACAUGUCGAUGGUUGACCGAGACACCUGAAUACACCGCAUGGACACACACCAAUGAGUCUAGCAUUAUUUGGCUCACGGGGCACGCAGGAUGUGGCAAGACGACACUAACAAAAUUUCUGAUUGAGUAUUUGCAGCAAACAGCAGACGGCGCUCAUAGCCAUUACCAAGCCGUCUACUGGUGGUUCUGUACACGGGACACUGAAGUUCUGCGCGACGUACGAUCUCUGCUUCGGAACUUGGAUCGUCCAAAUCUUGAGCUCGAAACAAGAAAUCAUUCGCAAAAUCAAGCACAAAUUCCGUGAAGAUAAAUACGAACUCGAUCACUCGUUCGAUUUACUGUGGAACAUAUUCCAGGCUGCACUGGCAAGUAUUCCCUGCAAACAAGUCUACAUAGUGAUCGAUGCGAUCGACGAAUGCGACGACUUGUUACGGCAGCGGCUGCUAGACAAGAUAUUCGAUAGCCUUCGGACACACAGCAACCUAGAUGGGCAAUCUCAUGUGGUGAAAUACCUUAUCAGCUGUCAGAGGACUGCCUAUCGGCCUUCCUGGCUAAGGGCACCACACAUCAAGCAUCUUCACCUUGAGAUUGAGACGCGCCCGGAAUUUGCGAAUGACCUCGAGCGUUACCUCGAGUGCAGAACACGAAAUCUCGUCGAGGAUGGGCUAUGUUCGUUCCAGUCCGCUGCGUUCAUUCACAGGAGACUAGCGGAACCCGCAGGAGCCUCGUUCCUGUGGCUCCGAGUAGUUCUCAAUGAAAUCGAACACAGUCUUAUCCCAAGAUACGCAGAAGGUGAUAUCGAGCGUCUGAUGACGGAUCUCCCUUUGAGUUUGAGCGAUGCAUACUCGAAGUACCUGCCAAAAGUGCCGGACAAGGAUCUCAUGCUCUUGAAGCAGUACCUGCAGCUCACGGUCAUGUCUACGAGACCCUUGACGAUUUUCGAGAUUGAUGCUUUCACGAACUUGGAGCGUCAUCCGCUGGGUUCUUCACUGGCGCCAGAUCAAGUCCAGGCGACCAAAUCCAGUCUAAGCAAGGCGUUUGGACCACUAAUUCAGUUCUCAAAUAUUAGUGCCAAACUCAUUCACCCUAGUGUUCGCGAAUUUCUGCUCAAGAUUGGAUCCAAUCCACAUCACACCCUACACCAGUCGCAUAAAGUGAGCCACGACACCGCUCAUGGUUUCUUUGCUGUUGCUUGUAUACGUUAUCUCCAAGACCAGAGGAUACCUAGCAACCUCUUCGUCCCACACAGCCCAGACCAGAUAUCGUUGGCGGAUAGUCCAAAGGCAUCUCAUUGGUCGGAGAACCGUCAGGCAGAAGUCUUUGAUGUCGACAGCUCAUCGGCUCAGGAUCAUGGUCUAGACGACCUGUUUGGCAUCGCUGACGUUGUAUUCUUUCAAGACGAGGAGGUCGUAUUGGAGAGAUGCUGCGAGGACAUCAGGCGACGGCUACCUGCCUUUGAUUAUGCUGCUAUGAACUGGACGUAUCACUAUGCUCGCUGCGACAGAAUCACAGCAGAAGAGCUCAAAGGGGACAGCAUCGCGCUGCUGAGUCUUGAAACCGAAUCACUGAGCAACUGGUAUCGCUACAGUGUGCAACAAGCCAGAACCGACAUGCCUCCUACACACGAUGGCAUUGUUCUUGCGUCAUUUUUUAAUUUGCCUGGGGCGGUACAGGCGCUGUUGCGAAGAGAUAACCCUUCACCAAACGAAAUACGCCUUCAUGACGCGUUGUACUGGGCGUCGUUCAGUGGAAGCAGAGACUGUGUGGCCAUCUUACUCCAGGCUGGUGUUCUUACACAGAAUCCUGGUUCAACCAAGGUUCCAUUGGCGGUCGCGACUCGAGGUGGCUUUCUCGACAUCUGCAACUUAUUACUAGGGAUGGCGGACGUCAAUCCCAAUGCCUGCGACGAAUCUGGCCAGCCACCUCUGACCAUAGCCGCCAAGCAAAACCACACGGAUAUUCUAACAGUCCUGCUUGCUCAUGAGCAAAUAUCCUGCAACAAGGAAGAUUUUGGGGGCCGGACAGCGCUUGCGGUAGCUUGCCGUUGCAGUGCGCUCGAGUCUCUCGAGAUCCUGCUGAAAGAUGGACGCUUGGAUCUCAACGCGAAAGAUGGCCGUGGCCGCACAGCCAUCCACCACGUAAAUAUUGCUGGUGAUGAUCGUGUCCUAGAGCGGCUUCUUGCAGAAGUUGAUGUCGACAUUACUGCGGAAGACAGCCUUGGCAGGAAUGCUGUAUCUCUCGCUGCUGAGAAUGGCCAUCUAGCCGUGAUAAAACGACUGCACCGUAAAUCAGUUGACAUUGCAUCCAAGGAUAAAAAGGGUCGAAAUGCUGUUUCAUGGGCAGCCAACCAGAGGAAAGCAGCGGUCCGCAGUGGAAGUACUGAGAGCGUCCUCGAAUUCAUGGCCAGAAGACGACAUGACUGCCUCGACGAGCCCGAUGAGGAUGGAUGGUCGCCGCUGGCUUGGACUUUAGAUCCGCCCGGUUUCACCCAAGCUGCUCGCGUGCUUAUCGCAAGUGGCCAUGUUGAUGUGAACAGGCGCGAUAAAACAGGUCGCUCAAUACUGGAAUGGGCGGCAGGGGAAGGGUUAGUCGACAUCGUGAAGAUUUUAUUGACGGCACCGGGGAUUCAGAAGACCAGCUUGACACCUAGCGGGGGCUGUCCGCUUAGGUCGGCGGUAGCCAGCGGUAAGAUUGCGGUAGUCAAAGUCCUCCUUGAGGACCCAGAAGUGGAUGUCUCCGUACGGGAUGAGCGCGGUAUGAGUCCGGCGGAUUGGGCAAGGCUGAACAAUCAUUCGGAUGUGGUGGCACUAUUGCAAACACGUCGAUAGAAGCCUCUGUGGUUGUAGCGGCGGAAGAGAUUGAUUAUUAACUAACUAAUCUAGGAGGGAAAGACUGGCCGCUAUAUAUAGUCACCCGUAACUGAGUGCAAGGAGCGGGGGAGUACUAGACUAGGCAAGUAUCCCG